GACACACUACAGCUAACAGGUCUUGUUAUUCCUGAUGUACCGCAACUUCAGUUGUUUGGGUUGUACUUCCGGUCGAAUGAAACACAAGAUGGUCGCCCAGUUUACAUAUUGGAAAAUACAGUCUCGAACCCAUACAAAGGAAAACUCUACCAUAUAACUACACCAAUGAAAAAUGAAUGGGUGAUCAGUGAAACUGUUGGAGAGUAUGAUAACCUAUCACUACGGAUACACGAUGAUGCAAUAUUCCCAGAGCUGAUUCAUGAAGCGGCGUUGUCUGAAGGAUUCUAUAACAACACUUGGAUGGGUAUACCUUCAUUAAAAUUCAACUGCUUCAGAG